AUGAGCUGCAACCCCAGCAUCGGUGGCCUGGCCAAAGGCACCCUCGUCCGCGAAGUGGACGCCCUCGAUGGCCUCAUGGCGAGGGCGGCGGACGAGGCAGGGAUACAGUUCAGGAUGCUGAACGCAUCCAAGGGACCGGCUGUGCGCGGCCCGAGGGCGCAGAUGGACCGCUCCCUGUACAAGGCCGCCAUGCAGCGGCUGCUGAGUGCACAGAUGGGGCUACAAAUACACGACGGGGCCGUCACGGAUCUACUGCUGCAGCGAGGCGGCUCCGCCGGGCAGCAGGCUACCGUGGCGGGGGUUCUACUUGCAUCUGGCGAGAAGGUGCUGUGCAGCAGCGUGGUGAUCACAACAGGCACUUUUCUAAGGGGCACCAUCCACAUCGGCAGCCAGAGCCGGCCGGCCGGCCGCAUGCCGUCCAACGCCGCUGCAGAGGCGGCCGCCGGCGCGCGCUGCGCUGACGCCAAGGCCACCAACGCCGCUGAUGAGACUGCGGCCAGGGCUGCAGGGUCCUUGGCAGAAACGCUGGAUGCGGAGGGGUUCCGGCUGUCGCGGCUGAAGACGGGGACGCCGCCGCGGCUGGACGCGCGCACCGUCGACUUCACCGGCAUGGAGCGCCAGCCGUCAGACGCAGAGCCCAUCCCCUUCUCAUUCCUCCACAUGGCCGACAUGGACUGGGCUCCCCCUGCCCGACAGGUGGAGUGCUACGGAACACGGACCACAGCCGCCACAGAGGCGCUGGUGACAGAGGCGAUGGCCAGCGGCAGGGGGGCGCGCUUCGCUUCCGGCCUCACCGUCACGGAGGGCGGCUGCAGAGAGCCCCGGUACUGCCCGUCGCUGGAGACCAAGUUUGCGCGUUUCCCCGGGCGCAGCCACCACGUGUGGCUGGAGCCGGAGGGGCUGGACUCGCACGUGCUCUACCCCAACGGCCUCUCCAACUCCCUGGAGCCCGAUGACCAGCUGCACCUGCUCAGGACCGUGCCAGGCCUGGAGGGUGCGCGGAUGCUGCAGCCGGCGUACGCGGUGGAGUACGACUACAUCGAUCCGCGCGAGCUGCUGCCCAGCCUGGAGAGCCGGCGCGUUGGCGGCCUGUACCUGGCCGGCCAGAUCAACGGCACCACCGGCUACGAGGAAGCUGCCGCGCAGGGGCUGCUCGCCGGCGCCAACGCAGCCAUCCCUGGCGAGCCGCUGGAGGUGGGCAGGGCGCAGGGUUACACAGGCGUGCUGGUUCACGACCUAGUGACCCUUGGCACAGGGGAGCCGUACCGAAUGCUGUCGGCGCGCGCAGAAUUCCGGCUGUCGCUGCGGCCGGACAACGCCGAUGCUCGCCUCACGCCCGCUGGCAUCCGCCUUGGCAUUGUGGGGGAGGAACGGCAGGCGGCGUUUGCCCAGCGCAGCACGGAGAUGGCGGCGGCGGAUGAGCUGCUGUUGCGCGUGCGGCUGACGUGCUCCGGCUGGAAGCGCGCGGGUUUCCCCAUGGCCGGCGCCGGCGGCUGGUUCACGGCGGCGGACAUGCUUGCGCGCCCCGGCGUCACCCUUGAACAGGUGGCGGAUGCAGCAGAGAAUGGCGAGGCGGAGGGUGCGGAGGAGCUCAGGGCGCUCGCACGGAAUGGCGGCAUGCGGCGGAGCUCCACGGCUUCAGCCGUCUACGACUGCCGCUACCGCCCUUACACAGCAAAGCAGGCAGCGGAGGCGGCCGAGCUGGCGCGCGGGGAGGCGCUGCGGCUGCCGCCGGAUCUGGACUACGGCGCGGUGCAGCUGUCGGCCGAGGACCGGGAGAAGCUCGGCGCGGCACGGCCGGCAACGAUCGCCGCCGCGCAGCGCAUCCCCGGAGUCACCCCGGCCGCGCUGCUUCUGCUGCUGCAGCAUGUG